AUGGCUGAAAAGCGACGUGCCUCGUCGGAUAUGUACUCCGACAUGCCCUCAAAGAAAGCAAAGGUCCUGAACGAGACCCAAGAAUGGAUUCUCGACGAGGACGAAAUCCCUGCUACUCCCUCUUCCCCACCGUCUCCCAGCGAGACCAACGAUAGUCCUGCCGACACGGACGCCCUAUCUGAAUCCUCUAGUACGGGCCCAGCUACACCGUCACCUUAUACCGUUGAGUUCUUUGCGGAUAUGGCCAAUACUAUUGCGAAUCUUUUUCCUUGUGAAGCAUUUGCGAAAGCCCAUGACUGCACAAUCAGCGACGUUUCACAAGCGAUCAGUGCCAUGGUCGUUGCUCCCCUUUCCGAUCCAUCCUUCACCUGGCAUAGUGAUAAUGAGAUGUCGAUCGCCGAAUAUGGACAAGGCAUGAUCCGUAUCUGGAACGAGCAUUACGAGCGCAAACUUCGAAACGCUGAUACGACGAAGUCGACUAUCGAUCUCACAACCCCGACAGGCUCCACAAGUUCUUCGGGAGUUGAAACACCCUCCGAAGAUGGGAGUGAGUUGUCAGCAAGCUUCGAUAAAGAACUUCUUGGAGAAACGUCGCCAGAAGAUGAAGAUGAACCCCCUGAUAGCGAGGCACCGGGUCUACCAAAGAAGAGUUGUCUCAGCACACAGUCACAGAAAGUAGCGGGUCAACCGGCCAAGAGGGUGAGAUGGGCCCCUCCGCUCUCGCCGGUCGUCCGCGAGGAGGUAUACAAGGACAACUAUGGCAACUAUGUCCCGGUCCCGACACCAGAAGAGGUCAAGGAGAAGGAGCGCAAAAAAAUGCGAGAGGAAAUGCGGGCGAGCAAGGGGCUACUUGAACGGCCCCAAACAACGUACGAUGCAUUCGACUUAGAGAUUCUUUCAGGUUUUGACGACCUGUCAUAUGUGGUGUAG